GAGUUAGAGAUAGAGAGCGAGAGAAAGAUAGAGAGAGAGAGAGAGAGAGAGAGAGAGGGAGAGAGAGAGCGAGGUCUUGGAGAUUCUGCAGCAGGUAAUGAGAGCUGGAGUCCGGUGCAGGAUUGUGCUUGUUGUGGGUUCAUUUUGUGUGCAGCAGAUCUGUUUGACUGGAGCGUGAAGGGAUCUCCAACAUGGAGGUGCCUGCAAGACCUCAACAUUCUACCUUCAAACUAUAUCUGCCAAACUCAGUCUCCUCUGAUCAGCCUCCCCUGGGACCUGUUGGAAUGGUCACCAAGAAAGAUCUGAUGGACAAAGACAUCCAAGAGAAGACAGAUGGAGCCACAGAGAAAGAAGAAUUUGAUGUUGGGGAACUGGAGUUUAUUCCAGAUGAGUCUGUCUUUGAAGGCAUACCAGGAGAUACCUCAGAACCUUUCGAUUUGAAUGCUUCUACUGGUUCUGCAAAUUUAAAACUUUACUCACAGCACAGCAUCUCAGAAGAGAGUUUGACUGCAGAGGAGGAAGAGGAGGCCAAAAAGAGGCGGGAAGAAGAGGAAGCAGCAGCUAAAGAGCGGGCAGCCCAGAGACAGCAGAUGGCCAUCGACGAGCUGGUUCAUUCUGAGAGGAAUUAUCUCCGAAUGCUACAAGUUAGCACUGUGACCAUCAGGAACAACCUGCAAAAAAUACAGCCUGAUCUAGCCAAUCUGGACAGUUUGUUUCUUCACGUAGACGAUGUAAUUGAUGUGUCAAGUCGACUCCUCAGCUUGUUGGACCAGAAGCAAGUUCAGUAUGGAGACCCUCUGUUCCUGGAGACCCUAUGUAAUUCGUUCCUCAGCAUGUCUGCAGACAUUGAGGCAGCUUAUAAAGAAUAUUUGGCAAACUACAGCAACAUUACAGAGGUGGAGAACAGCUACAAAGACAAGGAGGCACUGUGGAACGAGAUCGUCACAGUCAUCAAAAGCUCAGCGCCUGAAGUGAACGCCACCUCUCUCAGUUUCUUCCUGGUGAUGCCGGUGCAACGAAUUGCCCGCUACCCCCUCCUCCUGCAGACCAUUCAGAAACACACCGAGCCUGGGCAUCCGGCGUACGCGCUCCUGGAGCAGACCGUUCACACCGCUAUUGCAUUGAACUGUCGCAUCAACGAGUACAAACGCUUCAAAGAAGUUGCUGACAAAUACAAGAAGACUGAAAUGCUUACCAUCAAGGACAAGAUCAACCGCUUGAAUCCCCACAGCAUCGCCAAGAAGACAGCGAGACUCAGCCAGCAAAUCAAACAUGAGACUGGAAUGGCAACUAAGCUGGUGGAUGAGCAGUUUGAUGUACUGGAAGAUUUCUUUUAUGUUCUGAAGCACGGGAUCCUGGAACUGCUUGAAAAUGUUGAGAUGUAUCUGCACCAUAUGCAGGAAUUCUUGGCCUGCAAAACAGAGACGUUUGACUUAGACAUGGAUGGAGAGAAACCAGCUGUUUGCUACAAGGAGAUCGCUACUGCCCUCAGACAGUGGAUCCUUCCUACAUUUGAGAAAAGAAUGAGGACAUUGAUCCAUAAGCCAUUGUGUGCACUCCGUGACCUACUGGUGGGCCCAAGGAACCUGAUCAGGAAGCGGCUGGACAAACUGCUCGACUAUGAAAUGAUCGAAGCCAAAUCCACUCUGAGCUAUGAGGAGCAGGCUGUGGCCAAUGCCUACAGAACUGUUAACACUUGUGACCAUCAACACUUGCUCCUGAAUGAGCUUCCUCAGUUUAACAGUUGGGCUCUGCAGAUGAUCUGGAGCCUGCUGGGGACCUUCAGCUGUCUGCACAAAGACCUGGCCUCCGACAUGGAGCAGCUGUUCCACUGUUUUGCACAACAGCUCCCUCACAGCUCUCUUGACUCCCAGUGGUUUCUGGCAUGGGCAGAGUUUGCAGUUCUAGAAGGCGCAAGGAAGCUGCAGAGUCUGUGCCGAAAUGUAGAGGAAGCACUCAGUACACCUUUGGUCGAACCUUUGAGUCCGUCCUCACAGCGCCGCCUGAAGCAGCUCAUGGACAGACAUGGUUCUGGGAAGAUCUACCAGGUGAUGGCUCCAGUGGUGGGCAGCAGAGACCUGGACCUGAGCCUGUCUAAAGGGGAGCUGGUGGCCAUCAUCAGUGAGGCUGACACUCGAGGGGACAAACGGCGCUGGCUGGUCGAUGCAGGGGGCAGAAGAGGCUAUGCUCCUUUCAAACUGAUUCGUUAUCAUCAGGCAGCAGAAGAGCCGCCCCCUUCACCUCAUCUGACUCUGCCAGAGGGCAUGCCAGGACUCAGGAGACACUCCUACUCCCCAGAGAGCCGGUCAAUCACAGCCAUGCCUUGCUUCCAGGUGUUUGCAGCCUAUGACUUCACGGCAAGGGGAAACCACGAGGUCUCUGUUCGGGCCGGUGAGCCAGUUCUAGUCCUGGAGCCCCACGACAAGAAAGGGAAACACAGAGUGGAGCCUGGUGGCGACGAAUGGGGACAGAGAGGCUAUGUGCCUUCUAACUACCUCACCAUUUGUCGCACAAGGACGGGGACACUUGGUCGCGCCACUCCUUACUGAUCAGAAGGCUGGAGGAAAGACAGCAUGUCCCUGCAGUAUGUGACUAAUACUGUGUUGAAUGCUUCUAACUGUGUUAUCACACUGAAGGCGUCCUGCUUUUCAAAGUACCAACACUUAUUUUCUUUUAAGUUUUCAGUAUGGAAGUGAGUCUUUAGAGACAAAAAAAAAAACAAUAUGAAGGACACCACCUGCAGGAAUGCUAAAGGUU